AUGCCGCCGCCGGCGUCGCCGCGGGAGCACAUGGAGAGGAUCCGGCGGGAGCGCUACUACAUCGGGCGCGGCGAGCAGAACCCACUGACGGAGGACAUGCACCAGGCCGUCAACUACCUCUCUCAGGAGCUCUACUCCAAGGACGUGCACUUCCUCAUGGAGCUCGUGCAGAAUAAAAACACUAAUCCUUGGAAGUUAGGCAAUGUCUGUGGCCACCUUAUUUAUAUCAGUUUGCAGAACGCUGAAGAUAAUGAAUACCCUUCUGAAGUAGCACCUUCUUUGGAGUUCCUCAUUACAUCAAAGGAUAUUACUGGAUGUGGUGCAUCCUCAACUUUGCUCAUCUUCAACAAUGAGAGGGGUUUCUCUGCAACCAAUAUAGAGUCAAUUUGUCGUGUUGGGAAAUCAACAAAGAAGGGAAACAGACAUCAGGGUUACAUUGGAGAGAAAGGUAUUGGGUUCAAAAGUGUGUUCUUGAUAUCAAAUCAGCCCCACAUAUUCAGCAACGGCUAUCAGAUCAAGUUCAAUGAGAAACCUUGUGCAGAAUGCAAUAUUGUGUACAUUGUACCUCAGUGGGUGGAAUCCACACCUAGCCUUUCCGAUAUCGAAGCAUUAUAUGGGUGCUCAAAGAUCCUACCUACAACUAUCAUCAUCUUACCAUUGAAGAGUGAGAAGAUUGAUGCGGUGAAGAGGCAGCUGUCAAGCAUGCAUCCUGAAAUGCUACUGUUCCUGACAAAGAUCAGGAAACUCUCUGUCCGGGAGGAUAACUCUGAUCCCAGCAAUACAACUGUUAGUGAGAUUCCGAUAUCCAGUGAAAAGAACUACCAAGCCAGGAAGAACAUGCAUGCUGAGUCGUACACACUCCAUUUAUCUGCUGAAGAGACCGGGAAAGAUGAAGCUGAAUGUGGUUAUUAUAUGUGGAGGCAGAAAUUCCCAGUAAAGCCAGAGAACAGAGUCGAUAAGCGUGCUGAAAUUGAUGAAUGGGUGAUAACCCUGGCCUUCCCACAUGGCGAGCGUCUGUCCCGUGGGAAGCAGCUAUCACCUGGCAUCUAUGCUUUCCUCCCAACUGAGAUGGUAACAAGCUUCCCCUUCAUCAUUCAGGCUGACUUCCUCCUUGCUUCGUCAAGGGAGGCUAUACUGUUUGACAGUCCAUGGAACAAGGGAAUUUUAGAGUGUGUCCCAAGCGCUUUCAUGGAUGCUUUUGUCACACUCAUAAAGUCUGGAGCUGAUGCAUCACCAUCAAUGUCUCUGCCAUCUAUGUUCAACUUUCUACCUGUCAAUUCUUCACAGAUCCCACUGCUUGAGACAGUUAGGUCUGGCAUCAAAGACAAGGUCCUUGCGGAGGCUAUAGUUCUGUACAAUUGGCAAAACUUUUCUGGUACAAACAUGCUGUCCAUUCCCCUAUUGAAGUAUGUUGAUAGGGGUGGUGUUCUCUCGUUCUGGAGCAUAUCUAGAGCUAGUCAGUGGAAUGAUAGGUUGUGCAUUGCGUCUGAAAACAAGUACAUAUCAUGGCUAAUCAGCUGGAACAAGGAGUUUCUAUCUUCUAACCGGUUCUUUCUGCCUCCCAACACACAAACGGCUCUAGAAGAUUUGUCAGAGAAGAUAACUGUGAAAAACUGGCUUCAGAAUCAUGCAAGAGUGGAGAUGCUUCACAUUGAGAGCUACUUCUCAUCAGAACUCUGCCGCACCAUGCCAGUAAUUGAUAGCUAUGGCUAUGUUGUCAAGAAAAGAAAUAGAAUUAUAGUUCCUGCCAAGGGGAGCAAAUGGGUUGGUUUGAUGGGUACAAACCCAUGGAGGAAUGAAGGCUACAUUGAAUUGUCAGCAGAUUACAAGUCAGCAGGGCAUUUUGCUGGAAACUACACACCUGAGGGCCAGCUACUGGAAUUCCUCAAAACAAAUUUGGAGGCUUCCGAUGUGCCAUUCAUACACCCACCAGAUGCCAGAUUCCCUACUGUCUCAUCACCUCUAACAGUGAACAAUGCAUUCUUGCUGCUGGAAUGGAUAAGGAAUUUGAAGUCAAGUGGUGUGAGAUUACCAGACCUGUUCUUGACUUGCGUCAAGGAAGGGAGUUGGCUAAAGACGUCGGCUGGGUACAAGUCGCCUAAUAUAUCAUUUCUGUCCAGCUCCAAUUGGGGGAGUCUUCUGCAAACAGAACCUUCCUGUGUUGAUAUACCAAUGAUUGAUCAACAGCACUAUCAAAACAAGCUACAUAUGUAUAAAGAGGAACUCAAGGCAAUUGGCGUGAGAUUUGAAUUCCAGGAAGCUUCGGCUUACAUCGGAAGUCAUCUCAUGUCUAUUGCUGCUGGCAAUUCGCUGACCAGAGAGAAUGUGUACACACUGCUUCGGCUUAUUCGGUUUCUACGAGAAAAGUUUCUAUCUCCAAGUGAACUGAUCAAGAGUGUCAAAGAGGGACGAUGGAUGAAGAGUACUCUUGGCUACAGGCGUCCUGCUGAUUGUAUCAUCUAUGAUUCAGAUUGGGCCGUGGCAUCAUGUAUCAGUAACCAACCAUUCGUUGAUGUUCUGUCCUACGGUGCGGCCAUCCUCGAAUAUAAACCCGAGCUGGAAUUACUUGGUGUUAUUGUGGGGUUCAAAGACAAUUACCAGCUUGUUAUUGACAACUUCAAGUUCAGUUCUGAUGAUAUUACUUCUGAGGCUACUGUAUUAAUCCUCAAGUGCAUCCGUUAUGUGGGUUCAUAUGAUGAUUUCAUAAGGAAGCUCAAAGAUUUGAAAUGGUUGAAGACAAUUGUGGGAUUUCAUGCUCCUAACAUGUCCUUUCUUGUGGACCCUGAAUGGGAGUGCCUUCUAAAGGUCUUUAAUGGGGUUCCUGUUAUUGAUUAUGGAUUUUAUGGCAGUGUGAUCAGUUCAUACAAAGAAGAAUUGAAGAAGACUGGGUUGAUCACAAGAUUCGAUGAUGCAUCAAAGGCUAUAACCCAUAUUUUCAAGCAGAAGGUGUUGAAUUCAUCGCUUGAAAAAGCAGAUCUCCUGGCUCUACUAGGAUCAUAUCGUCAACUGGCAACACAUGACCUAAUUCCAGUUGAGCUUUUCAACGCUAUGCGUACUGAAAAGUGGCUCACCUCACUGGGAUUCCGAUCUCCUUCAGAUGCAAUUCUAUUUGAUGAUGCAUGGGAACCUUUGUCUCCAAUAGCAAAUUUACCAUUCAUAGAUGAUGGCGACUCUUGUUAUGGUUUAGGAAUGGAGAUACAUGGCUACAAAGAUGAACUGAAGAAGUUGGGUGUUACUGUUGAAUUAAAACAAGGUGCUAGAUUCGUCAUCACAGGCAUCAGCAUUCCCAGUGACCCUUCCAAGCUGUCCAAAGCUACAAUCUUGUCACUGCUUGGGUGCAUCAAGAGCUACUUCACCCUUGCAGCUGGACCUCCUAAGGGCUUCCAGGAAAAUUUGUGCAAGAAGUGGUUGAAGACAUCCAUGGGAUAUCAGUGUCCUAAUGAUUGUAUCCUCUUUGAUCCUACACAGUCUUCUAUCUGCAUGGAAGAUGGACCUUUCAUAGAUGAAGCAUUCUAUGGUUCAGAGGUAGCCUCAUUUAAAGAUGCUCUUACAAGAAUCGGAGUAACUGUGGAUAUCAAACAGGGAAAAGAUCUUGUUGCUCGGCAUCUGAGGAGCCACAAUGAUAGGAUUACCAUUUCUCGGAUCUACUCAUACCUGAUGGAGAGCAAUUGGCUUCAUGUCCUGGACAAAUAUUAUGACAAAAAUUUGCUUGACUUCUUUUUGUACUAUUUGGACGUGAGGAAUGGGCCUGGUUCUGAAGAUUACUGCAGACUAUGGGUCACAUGGGAGAAAUCUGUCCAGGAGAUAGCUGUGUCUGAUUGCUCUGCUUUCUGGAAAUUCAUUGCGACAAACUGCAGCAAAAACACCCAGAAACUUCUUUCUGGUUGUGUCAAAGUUCCUGUGUGUACUGACGGAAAGAUCAUUUUAUCAAAGAAGGAGGAUGUGUUCAUUCCUGAUGAUCUACUACUUACAGACUUGUUCAGCAAGCUAGCCCAGCAUUCAUUUUUUAUCUGGUAUCCUGCUUCUAUCCUACCUUCCAUGUCUCGAGCAAGCCUUAACUGCAUCUAUGAUAGCAUCGGUGUUCAAAGAAUAUCCAAGGCAGUCACCAAGAAUGAUGCCUUCACCUUAGACAAUUACCAUUUCAGAACAACUGAUCCAAGUGAGGUGAUCAAGGUUGGUCUACUCAAAAUAAUUCUCUCAUUCCUCGCUGAUCCUGCUCUCAACAUUCCUGCUGAAGAGAGGCACAGGAUGGUUUCUUGCCUUCUGAAUGUGACUGUCCAAGAGAGUGAUGAACCAAUCACAGUGGGGUAUAGUGUAAGAUUGUCAUCUGGAGAGGUUGUGGAUGUGAAGUCCAGCCGAAUGCUUAGGUGGGAAAGGGAGGAUUCCAAGCUGUACAUGCAGAGUAGCGAUGGCGAGCCCAGCUACAAAGAAAAGAUUGAGUUUGCGACCUACUUUGCAGAGGAGAUAUCUCAAGGCCUGCUCUUUGAGAUGGCGGAUCAGAUCCCUUCGCUCGCUGAGCUUAUUAAGUUUGGCAGCUUACUGGAUUUCGAAGACGCUGCUGUUGGGUUCUUGCUGAAGUCAAAAAAUCUGCAGGUGUUUCCUGAAGAUGAGCAUUUCCUAAAGUCUUUAAUGCUAGGGCACUAUCGUGCAUGUACUGUUAUGUUGGGCCAAGUAUAUCAGAGGAUGAAGAGAAGCCGUGACUAA